AUGUGGGGUUCCGGUAUUUCCUGCAUUCACUUUGCUCUCCGGUGUGCCCGUUCAACCCUCCGGUUAACGUUUUUUUCUGCCCUGACGAUGACUGCCGGCCUUUGCAUAGCACUAACCCUGCGAUCGUGGUUUCAUCAACCAAAGUACCGUACUAUGAGGACCCUCAUGUACUGCUUCCUCGGGGCAAGCCUGUUCAUCCCCGUUGCUGCCGCUUGGGACGCCUUCGGGACCGUUGAGGUGCUGGACAAGGCAGUGGGAUUUCGAUCAUUUGUCUGGCUGGCAGCGAUUAACCUUUUAGGGGGGCUCCUGUACACAACUAGGGUGCCUGAGCGUUGGUUCCCAGGCAAGUUUGACUUGUUUGGGCAAAGCCACAACUUGAUGCAUGCUUUGGUGAUGGCUGGCGCAUUCAUUAGACUCCAAGGGUUGAUGGAUGUCUAUGCGAGCUGGCGGGUGGAUGGAAGCAUGUCUGCCUAUUGCCAGGGCGGAGUAUCAGCGGGCAACUUGUUGGGCUUAAUCACAUAUAACCAUAAUCGACGUGUAUUGGAGUCUUCUGUGGACAAGGUUAUUAUUUAA